AUGCUAUGCGGAAGCAAGUUUGGUCUUGAUGUACUUCGUACUAAAGGUAUCUACGCAUUAUUACGAGAAUUCGAUCGAGCGAAAACAACUUUACUGCAUUCAGAAUCAGUUACAACGGAAGUACUGAAGUCUCAGUCAUCCGUAAUUAAGACUGAAAAGAAUAGUGCUGUGGUAGAUUGGGAGCAGUCACGGUGUCAAUCAGCUGGUCAUCAGAAUGUAGAUGAAGUGAAAUCUACUGCUGACAAUAACCGGGAAAUGGCAUUUUCAAGCAGUGUUUCCAAGUACGGUGUAAAACUUUUCGGCAAAGGUGGAAACUUAGUGUAUAUUGAUGGAAAAAACUGCUCAACUUUGCAUGCACUCAUUGGGCUACUCAUUCAAGAUUAA